UAGUAUCGAGAAGAGGCCACGUCAGACCAAAAGGUCCGGCAGUCUACGGAACCAACAACCACUUUCCGGUAAUAAAAGAGCCCACGUCACCAAACUCAUCAUGUGUGGACAAACAAUCCCACGUGACUCACUCACUUUCGAGUAUUAGAUACAGAGCGACGUGGACCCUUAAAUAUCCACAACCCCCUUCCCCUAUCCUACGCUAUUUAUAGCAAAACACUUGCACUACUUUACUCACCAUCAGUAUUCAAUUGCAUUAUUCAUUGCUACUUUCGCUUCAUUAAGCCUUUACUUUAGAUUUUGAAAAACAAAAUAAUCUCUAGGGUUCUUCCUUAGUUUCCACUUCCACAUAUCUAUCCUUAAAUUGAAGAAAAUGGCCGCAUCAUCACCUGCCAUGCAAAUGCAAUCCCUCCUUUUAGCAAGUCCCAUGACUGGCCUUGCUAGUAAGAGACAAAUGGUUCAGUUUUAUAACGUGAAACGCAUGCCUCGUUUUCAAAGGAAACUCAAUCUUCAAGUUCGCUGUUUGGCAGAGGAGGGUGAUCAAAAGGAGCCAAUGCCAACGGCAAGAACGCCGGAACCUAAGCCGAGCCCUCCACCGGUAUCACCCAAACUGAGCACGAAAUUCUCCGAUGUGUUUGCCUUCAGUGGGCCUGCACCGGAGAGGAUCAACGGCAGGUUGGCGAUGGUUGGGUUUGUGGCAGCGCUGGCAAUGGAGUUAUCCAAAGGUCAAGAUGUGUUGACCCAAAUAUCCAACGGUGGGAUCCCGUUGUUCGUUGGGACUAGUAUUGUGUUAUCGCUUGCAUCUUUGAUACCGUUGUUUAGAGGUGAGACGGUGGAAUCAAGGUCCGGUCAGUUCAUGAGCUCGGAUGCUGAGCUGUGGAAUGGGAGGUUCGCCAUGUUGGGACUUGUUGCCUUGGCUUUCACCGAAUAUGUAAAGGGCGGAACCCUAGUGUAGGUUCUGGUUGGUUUCGCUUUUUGUACGUUGUUGAAUAUGUGAACGAAUUUAUCAAGCUUAAGUAACGUAAUUUUGCAGAGUGAAUUAAAUUAAAA